AUGGUUGUGAGGUCGCGUAGUGGAAGGUAUGUUACCAUUCUACGAGAACCACUACGACGGCUGCAGUCUGCUUUUCAGUACUUUCAUCUUGAACGGAGAUUUCCUGGGCUCAAGGAACAGACUCCCAGUGGAGCCUCUUACGUUUCAACCUUCCUGAAGAGACCUGAGUUUUGGGAUCCACAAUACCGUCAACCCAAGACCAAAAGAGACAGAGAACAUUUUUGCUUCAGGAACUGCAUGGCUCGCGAUUUGGGACUCAAUGAGAAAUAUUAUAAAAACCAUACAGCUGUUGAAGAUUUUAUACAAGGCAUAGACAAUGACUUUACAGUGGUGAUGAUCCUAGAAUAUCUGUCAGAGUCUUUAGUUCUGCUGAAACGGCGAAUGUGUUGGACAUUUCACGACAUCCUUUACAGAUAUGACCGGCGUUCUUCGAGGAAACAACGGUACACACGAAAUACACCCAUCACAGUCAACAUGAAGGACAGGUUUUACAAGCGUAACCAUGCCGAUGUCAUGUUAUACACGCAUUUCAAAGCCUCAUUUCAGAGGCAGAUAGAGAAAGAGGGUGCCGAUUUUCUACAGGAAGUUCAAUAUUUUAAACGCCUCAACGAAGACGUGUCACACUUUUGCCACUCUAGAAAAACAGCAAGGAAGAUGGUCGUUCCAAAAAGUAAAUGGAAUGAGGCUUUCUCUUUAGACAGCUCAUUUUGUGCGAGUUAUGGCAAGACUAGAAGAUACUGGCACCCACUACUAACAUCGGUUCAUCAUUACACGUCAAAAUAUAACAAUAAAUAA